AUGGCGCUGCCGCCGCGGGGCUGCGGCGAGGCGGCCGUCGCCUGCUCUGCGCCCUGCGCCGCUGUCGCCCCGGCGCUGUCCGCUGAAAGCGCUCGGCUCCCGGCUCCCCGCCCGCCCGCCCGGGGCUCCCCCCGGCUCUGCCCGCUGGAAGCGCUCGGCUCCCCGCCCGCUCCGGCACCGCCUCUAUAUAUCGGGUCUCACCGGCCGCAGCCCGCCCCAGCCCUGACGUACAUGGCCAUAUAUGGAAAGCAGGAAGCCCUUAUAUGGAUGCGGGCCGGAGGACCCCUCCUGGCGUCAGAGCCUGGCACCGGGGAAAGCCGGGCCGGGGGGCCCCGCCCGCCCCGGGCUGAGGGCCCCACGCCCGGUGCAGGUCUGACCCCCGCUAUGGGCAGCGCCGCCGCAGCGCUGCCGCAGCAUCGACGGUCCCGCGAGACGGGGGCCCCGGCCCCCGCCGGCCCCGGCCAGCCCGCCGGAAGCCCCCACCGUACUUUCCAUAUUAGGAAACAACCUUAUAAGUCUCGAUUCCGGCGGAGGCUUCCCGUUCCUUAUAUGGCGAUUCCGGUCCCGGGCUGGGAGGUUGGGGGGGGGGGUGCUCAGAGGCCGUCUGCAGACGGGCGCGCGCCCGCCCCCUGGCAACAGGAGCGCGCGGAGGCCUCGGACCGAGAAAGAGCGAGGCCGCUCCCGGAGCGGUUGGCACAGGAGCCUCUGGGAGCACCCGACAGACCCCGGCGUCGCCGCCGUGUUUUCGCGGGCAGAGCUCCCCUUCGCCCCCACCCCGUUUGCUCAGCUCGCACUAUUCGCCUCCCCCCGUCUCCGCGGAGGAGCCAAGCGCCGCUUACGGCGGCUGCCGCAGCUGGCUCGAUGUGGAGUUCUCUGGAUGCUGGCAGCGUGCCCAAGGCAGGAGCUGCCUGCUCCCAGAAAAGAGGAAUCUCCGGGAUUCCAGCGGCCUGCCGCGAUCGCGCUGCUCCUCCCGCUCCCGACGAGAGCGGCGGAGGUCUGCCCGUAGCGCCAGACCGGGACAGACCCGGCUCCGUGCGUCUCCUUCACGUAGCGGAGAACAGAGCACUGAUCAACAGAGAGCCCCAGUACUGGGCUAAAUUGCCGCAGCCAGCACUGACUUCAGCGCGAUGAAAUGUGACAGCGCUCGGGACCCUGCUCUCGCGGCUUCAGGAUUGUCCCCUGACGCGGCUACAGCUCUUUCCUGCCCUCCCCGCACAGCGCUGGCUGCGCCCUGCACCGGCUCCGCAUGGAACCCUCGGCCGCCUGCUCGA